AUGUGUCCCCAGUGGCACAUUACCUUCGGGUCUGUAAAGGACGCAUGGCCGACAACUGCUCGAUGUUCUGUGGUGGUUGUGGUGGUGCUGCUGGCACUGCUACUGGUGAAGCUCCCAUCGGCUGUGGAGCUUGUGGACGACAGCGAGGUCGACGUUUGGGACACCGUCGAUGUCGAGCUUGAAACCCGCGCGCUCGAUGUUGUCCCAGAAGUGGUUGCUGAUCUGCUCGUCGUGGAAGUGGCUGUGACUGACACUGUUCUGGUAACAGUUCCAGUACUGGAAGAACCGGUAACAGUAUUGCUUCGGGUGGAAGUAGCUGUACUUGAAAUUGUGCUGGUAGCAGUUCUUGUGGAGGAUGAAGAUGUAGUGGACGUGGCGGUGCCUGUAAGAGUAAAGCUGACAGUGGAGCUAGCAGUGCCUGAAAUCGUGCUGGUGGCCGUUCUUGUUGAAGAUGAAGAUGUAAUGGAUGUUGUGCUGUCUGAAACGGUGCUGGUGGCAGUAGUUCUUGUUGAGGAUGAAGAUGUAGCGGACGUGGCGGUGGCUGAAAUUGUGCUGGUGGCAGUUCUUGUUGAAGACGAAGAUGCAGUGGACGUGGCGGUCGCUGAAGUUGUGCUGGAGGCAGUUCUUGUUGAAGACGAAGAUGCAGUGGACGUGGUGGUGGCGGUGACACUGACAGUUGAAGUGGCAGUGACUGACAAGGUGUUUGUCAUUGUUCUUGUUUCCGAUGUUGUCGUCGUGGCAGUUCGGCUAGUGGUGGAGGUCUCCGUGGUGGAGUCGGUGGUGGUGGUGGUCCCCGUCAAGGACGUCGUUGUAGAUGUGGUCAUCGAAUGGCUUGUGGUGGUAGAGGUGGUAGAGGUGGUUGAGGUGGCUGUCCGGGUCGCUGUCAGGCUGGAGGAUGUUGUGGUGGAAGCCGUCUCGGUGAUGGUCCCUGUGGUGCUUGUGGUUAUGGUGGCGGAGGUGCUAGAGGUCAGGCUUGUAACGGUGGUGGUGGUGCUCCCAGUGGCAGUUUCCGAGGUGGUGGCGCUUGACGUCGAUGAAGCAGAGGAGCUGGAUGUCGUGGUUGUGGACCGCGUCGUUGUCGUGGAGGUCGAUGUCACCGUGAUGGACUGUGAAGAACUCGUGCUUGAGGAAGUGGCGCUCUGGGUGACUGUGGAAGAUGUUGAGAGCGUGCUACUGCUCGUGGCCGUAACAGAUGCGGACGUGGCUGAGGAUGAACCUCGGAUUCUAUUGCAACCAUGA